AAUCGCACGGCUCACGAAACUGCACGUGUCGGAAUGAUAUUCGUCAACUUGUAUCGUUCGCGAACGUCUCCGUCGAAAAUCAGACGGCCGUUAAUCCUCGAACCUAUAAACCGUGCUUCCCAUUCAUUUAUCUUUUUCCACCUGCUCCUCUUCGGGUUUCGGGUUUGCUCCAGACCUCCUGAGGCUCGGGUUUUCCAGAGCUAUUGACGGUCCAGAUCGAAACCUCCCGAAUAAACGGUACAGAUUAAAUCUAACGUGUACGCUCUCGAUUUAGCCACAGAAGGGUUCGAGCUUAGAAGAAGGAACGCUUCUCAAAAGUUUCAUUUCCCGAGUUUUUUCCCAUUUUGUUUUUCUGUCAGCCUUCGAAAGGUUUCGAAAGGAGUAGUUAGGGUUUUAGAAUUUGGGUCGAAAGAAAAAUGGCUGAGCACGGAGAGAAGCACGAGGAAACGUUGAUGGAAAAGAUAGCAGAGAAGAUCCACGACCAUGAUUCGUCGUCGUCGUCAUCAUCUGAUGAUGAGGACAAUAAGCCAUCAGAAUCGUUGAUCAAGGCUAAGGUCUUCCGUCUCUUUGGAAGAGAAAAGCCCGUCCACCAAGUCUUUGGAGGAGGCAAACCGGCUGAUAUUUUCUUGUGGAGGAACAAAAAGAUUUCGGCAGGAGCGCUUGUUGUUGCAACUGUGAUAUGGGUUUUAUUUGAGUUGCUGGAAUACCACCUUCUCACACUGGUGUGUCAUUUAUCGAUACUGGCUCUUGCAAUACUCUUCUUGUGGUCAAAUGCUACUACCUUCAUCAACAAGUCUCCACCACGCAUCCCUGAAGUUCAAAUCCCUAAGGAGCCAGUUUUAGAGUUUGCCCAAGCACUUAGAUUUGAGAUUAAUCGGGCUUUUGCUCACCUGCGUGAUAUUGCAUCAGGAAGAGAUCUUAAGAAGUUUCUCUCUGUGAUUGCUGGCUUGUGGGUCUUGUCUAUUGUGGGAAGUUGGUGCAAUUUCUUGACACUGUUCUACAUAGUGUUUGUCCUACUUCACACUGUACCUGUGCUGUAUGAGAAAUAUGAGGACAAGGUGGACCCAUUUGCUGAGAAAGCAAUGCAUGAAAUUAAGAAGCAGUAUGCAGUGUUUGAUGCAAAAGUUUUAAGUAAGAUUCCUAGGGGACCAUUGAAGGAAAAGAAGAAGGAUUAGAUUUACCAGCCUUGAUGUUGCUGUUGCUAGGUUCUGACAUACAUCUGGUAGCUGUGUUUUGUGAAGGUGUUGUGAAAUUUUAUCCAGUAUCAGCUAGAACCCUGCUUUCAUCCUUUAUUUUCGUAGUUACUGGGUUCACAAUGUUGAUGGAUAUGGGAUCUUUUUUUUAAAUCUUGUUUUGCCUACACACAUGGUAGCUUUUCCAUGGAACUAUAAGCUAUGUGACGAUAUGUUAUCAUAUUUUAUGUUGAUUAGUGCAUUGUACAUUGGGUUGAAAGUUCUAUCAAAUUGUUCUGGCAAUCAUUCUGGAUGAUUCA